AUGGUCUGUUCUGGAAGUUCAUGGCAUUCUGCCACCUCGGUCCACCUUCUACUUGUGGUGUCAAUUUUCAUUAUAAUGAUGGUAGAAUCCAGAGAAGCCGGGGUCAGAGCAGCUCCUCAAGAGUUAUUAAUCUAUGAAACGGCAGAGAAUAGAAAAAAUUGUGACCAGAGACGUGUAACAAUGAACAAGGAACAAUAUAAUGGAAACUUCACAGACCCCUCUUCAAUGAAUGAAAAGAAGAAGAGGGAUUGGGAAGAAAGGCAGAAUAUUGUCCUGUGGAGACAGCCACUAAUUCAGUAUUUUUCUCUGGAAACCCUAGAAAUCUUGAAGGAAUGGACCUCAAAAAUAUGGCAUCAUCAGAAUAUUGUGGUCUCUUGUUUACUGCUGCUUGCUGUGCUUAUAGCUAUGUAUUAUCUUGAAGGAGCACAUCAACAGUAUGUGCAACGUAUAGAGAAACAGUUUCUUUUGUAUGCCUACUGGAUAGGCUUAAGAAUUUUGUCUUCUGACGGGCUUGGAACAAGGCUGCACACCUUUCUGCUUUAUCUGGGUCCACAUAUAGCUUCAGUUACAUUAGCUGCUUAUGAGUGCAAUUCAGUUAAUUUCCCUGAACCGCCCUAUCCGGAUCAGAUUAUUUGUCCAGAUGAAGAGGGCAUUGAAGGAUCUGUUUCUUUGUGGAGCAUCAUCUCAAAAGUUAUGUGGGGUGUUGGUACAGCGAUCAGAGAGCUGCCUCCAUAUUUCAUGGCCAGAGCAGCUCGACUCUCAGGUGCAGAACCAGAUGAUGAAGAGUAUUAGGAAUUCGAAGAGAUGCUGGAACAUGCAGAGGCUGCACAGGACUUUGCCUCCCGGGCUAAGUUGGCAGUUCAAAACCUAGUACAGAAGAUUGGAUUUUUUGGAAUUUUGGCCUGUGCUUCAAGUCCAAAUCCUCUGUUUGAUCUGGCUGGAAUAACAUGUGGACACUUUCUUGUACCUUUUUGGACUUUCUUUGGUGCAACCUUGAUUGGAAAAGCAAUAAUUAAAAUGCAUAUUCAGAAAAUCUUUGUUAUAAGAACGUUCAGCAAACACAUAGUGGAACAGAUGGUGGCUUUCAUUACUGCUGUCCCCGGCAUAGGUUCAUCUCUGCAGAAGUCAUUCCAGGAAUACCUGGAGGCCCAGCGACAGAAGCUUCACCACCGGAGUGAAAUGGGCACGCCUCAGGGAGAAAACUGGUUGUUCUGGAUGUUUGAGAAGUUGGUCAUUGCAAUGGUGUGUUACUUCAUCCUGUCCAUCAUUAACUCCAUGGCACAGAGUUAUGCCAAAACAAUCCAGCAGCGGUUUAACUCAGAGGAGAAAACUAAAUAAGCAGGAAAAGUUUU